AUGGGGCCGGGGGCCCGGGGCCGCCGCGGCCGCUCGAUGUCGCCGCCACCGCCGCCGCCGCCGCCCAAGGGGACGCUGCCUCAGCUGCUGCUGCUGCCGCUGCUCGCGGGGCUGGGGGCUGCAGCCCCCGCUUGCCUGGACGGAAGCCCGUGCGCCAAUGGAGGUCGCUGCACCCAGCUGCCCUCCCAGGAGGCUGCCUGCCUGUGCCCACCAGGCUGGGUAGGUGAGAGGUGCCAACUGGAAGACCCCUGCCACUCGGGGCCCUGUGCUGGCCGAGGUGUCUGUCAGAGCUCGGUGGUUGCAGGCACUGCCCGCUUCUCCUGCCGGUGCCCCCGUGGCUUUCGAGGUCCAGACUGCUCCCUGCCGGACCCCUGCCUCAGCAGCCCUUGUGCCCACACUGCCCGCUGCUCCGUGGGGUCUGAUGGCCGCUUUGUCUGCUCCUGCCCUCCUGGCUAUCAGGGCCGCAGCUGCCAAAGUGACAUGGAUGAGUGCCGGGUGGCCGGGCUCUGCCGCCAUGGUGGCACCUGCCUCAACAUGCCUGGCUCCUUCCGUUGCCAGUGCCCGGGGGGGUACACGGGGCCCCUGUGCGAGGACCCUACGGUGCCCUGUGCUCCUUCGCCUUGCCGCAAUGGGGGCACUUGUAGACAGAGCGGUGAUCUCACCUACGACUGUGCCUGCCUGCCUGGGUUUGAGGGUCAGAACUGUGAAGUGAAUGUAGAUGACUGUCCAGGACACCGGUGUCUCAAUGGGGGAACCUGUGUGGAUGGUGUCAACACCUACAACUGCCAGUGUCCCCCAGAGUGGACAGGCCAGUUCUGCACGGAGGACGUGGACGAGUGUCAACUGCAGCCCAACGCCUGCCACAACGGGGGCACCUGCUUCAACACUCUGGGUGGCCACAGCUGUGUAUGUGUCAAUGGCUGGACCGGUGAAAGCUGUAGUCAGAAUAUUGAUGACUGUGCCACAGCCGUGUGCUUCCAUGGUGCCACCUGCCAUGACCGUGUGGCCUCCUUCUACUGCGCCUGCCCCAUGGGCAAGACAGGGCUGUUGUGCCACCUGGAUGACGCCUGUGUCAGCAACCCGUGUCACGAGGAUGCUGUCUGCGACACGAACCCCGUGAACGGCCGGGCCAUCUGCACUUGUCCACCUGGCUUCACCGGCGGGGCUUGUGACCAAGAUGUGGAUGAGUGCUCCAUUGGUGCCAACCCAUGUGAACAUCUGGGUCGUUGCGUGAACACGCAGGGGUCGUUCCUGUGCCAGUGUGGUCGUGGCUACACUGGGCCUCGCUGUGAGACUGAUGUCAACGAGUGUCUGUCAGGGCCCUGCCGCAAUCAGGCCACUUGCCUUGACCGCAUUGGCCAGUUUACCUGUAUCUGCAUGGCAGGCUUCACGGGAACUUAUUGUGAGGUGGACAUCGACGAGUGUCAGAGUAGCCCAUGUGUCAACGGUGGUGUCUGUAAGGACCGAGUCAAUGGCUUCAGCUGUACCUGCCCCUCAGGCUUCAGCGGGACCACUUGUCAGCUCGAUGUGGACGAAUGCGCCAGCACGCCCUGCAAGAACGGCGCUAAGUGCGUUGACCAACCAGACGGCUACGAGUGUCGCUGUGCGGAGGGCUUCGAGGGCACGCUGUGUGAACGCAAUGUGGAUGACUGCUCUCCGGACCCGUGCCACCAUGGGCGCUGCGUGGAUGGCAUCGCCAGCUUCACCUGCGCCUGUGUGCCAGGCUACACGGGCACGCGCUGCGAGAGCCAGGUGGAUGAGUGCCGCAGUCAGCCCUGCCGCCACGGGGGAAAAUGCCUAGACCUGGUGGACAAGUACCUGUGCCGCUGUCCUCCUGGCACCACAGGCGUGAACUGUGAGGUUAACAUCGAUGAUUGUGCCAGCAACCCCUGCACCUUCGGAGUCUGUCGUGAUGGCAUCAACCGCUAUGACUGUGUCUGCCAGCCUGGCUUCACAGGGCCCCUCUGCAAUGUGGAGAUUAACGAGUGUGCGUCCAGCCCUUGUGGCGAGGGAGGCUCCUGCUUGGAUGUGGAAAACGGCUUCCGCUGCCUCUGUCCACCCGGCUCCUUGCCUCCGCUCUGCCUACCCCCAAGCCAUGCCUGUGCCCACGAGCCGUGCAGUCACGGCGUUUGCCACGAUGCACCUGGCGGGUUCCGAUGUGUGUGCGAGCCUGGCUGGAGUGGCCCCCGCUGCAGCCAGAGCCUGGCUCGAGACGCCUGCGAGUCCCAGCCAUGCCGGGGUGGAGGCACCUGUGUCAGCGACAGAAUGAGCUUCCACUGCACCUGUCCCCCUGGAGUCCAGGGCCGUCAGUGCGAAGUGCUAUCCCCCUGCACCCCAAAUCCCUGUGAGCAUGGGGGCCGCUGUGAGUCUGCCCCUGGCCAGCCGGUUGUCUGCUCCUGCCCCACGGGCUGGCAAGGGCCACGAUGCCAGCAGGAUGUGGACGAGUGUGCCAGCUCUGCACCCUGCGGUCCCCAUGGCACCUGCAGCAACCUGGCAGGAAGUUUCAGCUGUACCUGCCACGGUGGGUACACUGGACCUUCCUGUGAUCAGGACAUUGAUGACUGCGACCCCAACCCGUGCCUCAAUGGCGGCUCCUGUCAGGACAGCGUGGGCUCCUUUUCCUGCUCUUGCCUUCCUGGCUUUGCUGGCCCGCGCUGCGCCCGAGAUGUGGAUGAGUGUCUGAGCAGCCCGUGUGGCCCUGGCACCUGCACUGACCAUGUGGCCUCCUUCGCCUGCACCUGCCCCCCAGGCUAUGGAGGCUUCCACUGCGAGAAGGACCUGCCCGACUGUAGCCCUAGCUCCUGUUUCAAUGGAGGAACCUGCGUGGACCGGGUGAACUCCUUCAGCUGCCUGUGUCGUCCUGGCUACACUGGAGCCCACUGCCAAUAUGAGGCCGACCCCUGCCUCUCACGGCCCUGUCUGAAUGGGGGCGUCUGCAGCACCACGCACCCUGGCUUCCACUGUGCCUGCCUGGAGGGCUUCGCUGGCAGCCAGUGCCAGACUCUGGUUGACUGGUGCAGCCAGGCUCCCUGUCAGAAUGGGGGUCACUGUGUCCAGACCGGGGCCUAUUGCCUUUGUCGCCCGGGAUGGAGCGGCCGCCUCUGUGACAUCCGAAGCCUGCCCUGCAAGGAGGCGGCAGCCCAGAUAGGGGUGCGGUUGGAACAUCUGUGUCAGGCAGGCGGGCAGUGUGUGGACAAGGGCAGCUCCCAUUCUUGUGUGUGUCCAGAGGGUCGCACCGGCAGCCACUGUGAGCAGGAGGUGGACCCCUGCCUGGCCCAGCCCUGCCAGCACGGGGGCACCUGCCGAGGCUACAUGGGGGGCUACAUGUGUGAGUGUCCAGCUGGCUACUCUGGCGACAACUGUGAGGAUGAUGUGGACGAGUGUGCCUCUCAGCCCUGCCAGCAUGGGGGCUCCUGCAUUGACCUCGUGGCCCGCUAUCUCUGCUCCUGUCCCCCUGGGACACUGGGAGUGCUCUGUGAGAUCAACGAGGAUGACUGUGGCCCAGGCCCAUCCCUGGACUUGCGCCCCCGAUGCCUGCACAAUGGUACCUGUGUGGAUCUUGUGGGUGGUUUCCGCUGUAACUGCCCCCCAGGAUACACUGGCCUGCACUGCGAAGCAGACAUCAACGAGUGUCGUCCUGGGGCCUGCCACGCAGCACACACCCGGGACUGCCUGCAAGACCCAGGUGGACGCUUUCACUGCCUUUGCCAUACUGGCUUCACAGGUCCCCGCUGUCAGACUGCCCUAUCUCCUUGUGAGUCCCAGCCAUGCCACAACGUGGGCCAGUGCCGCCCCAGCCCAGGACCUGGGGGUGUGCUGACCUUCAUCUGCCACUGUGUCCAGCCAUUCUGGGGUCCUCAUUGCGAGCACGUGGCGCGCACCUGCCGGGAGCUGCAGUGCCCACCGGGCGUCCCCUGCCAGCAGACACCGCGCGGGCCUCGCUGCGCCUGUCCCCCGGGGCUGUCGGGGCUCUCCUGCCGCUCCAGGGCGGUGCCCCCGGGUGGCACCAAUGCCAGCUGUGCGGCCGCCCCCUGUCUGCACGGGGGGUCCUGUCGUCCUGCGCCCCUCGCCCCCUUCUUCCGCUGCGGGUGCGCUCCGGGCUGGGCCGGGCUGCGCUGCGAGACCCCGGCAGCAGCGGCAGCGCCCGAGGUCGCGGAGGAGCCGCAGUGCCCACGAGCCGCCUGCCAGGCCAAGCGCGGGGACCGGCGCUGCGACCGCCAGUGCAACACCCGGGGCUGCGGCUGGGACGGAGGCGACUGCUCGCUGAACGUGGACGACCCCUGGCGGCAGUGCGAGGCGCUGCAGUGCUGGCGCCUCUUCAACAACAGCCGCUGUGACCUGGCCUGCAGCUCGCCCGCCUGCCUCUACGACAACUUCGACUGCCACGGCCGCGAGCGCACCUGCAACCCUGUGUACGAGAAGUACUGCGCUGACCACUUUGCCGACGGCCGCUGUGACCAGGGCUGCAACACCGAGGAGUGUGGCUGGGACGGGCUGGACUGCGCCAGCGAGGUGCCGGCUCUGCUGGCCCGUGGCGUCCUGGUCCUCACGGUUCUGAUGCCACCCGAGGAGCUGCUGCGCUCCAGCGCCGACUUCCUGCAGCGUCUCAGCGCCAUCUUGCGCACCUCGCUGCGCUUCCGCUUGGACUCGCGGGGCCAGGCCAUGGUCUUCCCGUACCACCGGCCCAGUUCUGCUUCCGAGUCCCGGACCCGGCGGGAGCUGGCACCCGAGGUGAUCGGCUCUGUAGUGAUGUUGGAGAUUGACAACCGGCUCUGCCUGCAGUCGCCUGAGAAUGACCACUGCUUCCCUGAUGCCCAGAGCGCGGCUGACUACCUGGGAGCCUUGUCCGCGGUGGAGCGCCUUGACUUUCCCUACCCACUGCGGGAUGUGCGAGGGGAACCCCUGGAGCCUCCAGAGCCGACUGUGCCAGUGCUGCCACUGCUGGCCGCAGGCGCCGUCUUCUUGCUGGUCAUCCUCGUCCUGGGUGUGAUGGUGGCCCGCCGCAAGCGUGAACACAGCACCCUGUGGUUCCCCGAGGGCUUCUCCCUGCACAAGGACGUGGCAGCCGGCCACAAGGGCCGGCGGGAGCCUGUGGGACAAGAUGCGCUGGGCAUGAAGAGCAUGGCCAAGGGUGAGAGUCUGAUGGGGGAGGUGGCCACAGACUGGAUGGACACAGACUGCCCAGAGGCCAAACGACUGAAGAUGGAGGAGCCUGGUGUAGGUGCCAAGGAGCCUGUGGAUUGUCGUCAGUGGACCCAGCACCACCUGGUAGCUGCUGAUAUCCGCGUGGCACCAGCCAUGGCGUUGACCCCACCACAGGGUGAUGCAGAUGCUGAUGGCAUGGAUGUCAACGUUCGUGGCCCAGAUGGCUUCACCCCGCUCAUGCUGGCCUCCUUCUGUGGGGGAGCCCUGGAGCCAGUGCCUGCAGAGGAGGAGGAGGUGGAGGACACGUCGGCUAGCAUCAUCUCCGACCUGAUCUGCCAGGGGGCGCAGCUCGGGGCUCGCACCGACCGCACGGGCGAGACAGCCCUGCACCUGGCUGCCCGCUAUGCCCGGGCCGAUGCGGCCAAGCGGCUGCUGGAUGCUGGGGCCGACACCAACGCCCAGGACCACUCGGGCCGCACCCCUCUGCACACGGCUGUCACUGCCGACGCCCAGGGCGUCUUUCAGAUCCUCAUCCGGAACCGCUCCACAGACCUGGACGCCCGCAUGGCGGAUGGCUCCACAGCCCUGAUCCUGGCGGCCCGCCUGGCGGUGGAAGGCAUGGUGGAGGAGCUCAUUGCCAGCCACGCUGAUGUCAAUGCCGUGGACGAGCUCGGGAAAUCAGCCUUACACUGGGCUGCAGCCGUGAACAAUGUGGAGGCCACUUUGGCUCUGCUCAAAAACGGGGCAAACAAGGACAUGCAGGAUAGCAAGGAGGAGACCCCGCUGUUCCUGGCCGCCCGAGAGGGCAGCUAUGAGGCUGCCAAGCUGCUGUUGGACCACUUUGCCAACCGGGAGAUCACAGACCACCUGGACAGGCUGCCUCGGGAUGUGGCCCAGGAGCGGCUCCACCAGGACAUCGUUCGCUUGCUGGACCAGCCGAGCGGGCCCCGAAGUCCCCCCGGCCCCCAUGGCUUGGGCCCCCUGCUCUGCCCACCUGGGGCCUUCCUCCCUGGCCUCAAGACAGCCCCAUCGGGGACCAAGAAGAGCAGGAGGCCCCCCGGGAAGGCAGGGCUGGGGCCACAGGGGACUCGGGGCCGGGGCAAGAAGCUGACGCUGGCCUGCCCGGGCCCACUGGCCGAAAGCUCGGUCACACUGUCGCCUGUGGACUCGCUGGACUCCCCAAGGGCCUUUGGUGGACCCCCUGCUUCUCCUGGAUCUUUCCCCAUCGAGGGUCCCUAUGCAGCUGCCACUGCCACGGCUGUGUCCCUGGCUCAGCUUGGUGGCCCAGGGCGGGCAGGUCCUCUGGGUCGCCAGCCACCUGGUGGCUGUGUGCUCAGCCUGGGCCUGCUGAAUCCAGUGGCUGUGCCCCUUGACUGGGCCCGGCUCCCCCCACCAGCACCCCCAGGGCCCUCAUUCCUGCUGCCUCUGGCCCCAGGACCCCAGCUGCUCAACCCUGGGGCCCCUGUGUCUCCCCAGGAGCGGCCUCCACCUUACCUGGCAGCCCCAGGACAUGGGGAGGAAUACCCGGCAUCGGGGACCCAGAGCAGCCCCCCCAAGCCUCGCUUCUUGAGGGUCCCCAGUGAACACCCUUACCUGACCCCGUCCCCAGAGUCCCCUGAGCACUGGGCCAGCCCGUCCCCUCCUUCCCUCUCAGACUGGUCCGACUCCACGCCUAGCCCAGCCAUUGCUGCCGGGGCCACGGCCACAGCUGCCGCAGCGGGCCUGCCAUCCCAGCCACACCCACUGUCCAUCCCUGGCUCCCUGGGUCAGGCCCAGACCCAGCUGGGGCCCCAGCCGGAAGCCACCCCGAAGAGGCAGGUGUUGGCCUAAGUCGCUCCGCAGUUCCUGGAUCUUGGUGCUGGCUCCUGACUCUGCUCUCUCCUUCUCUCUUUUUGGGAACCUAUGUGGUUUGUUUUUUUGGUACCGGGGAUCGAACUCAGGACCUUGCGCUUUCGAGGCAGGUGAGUGCCACUGAGCUGCAUCCCCGGCCCUCUCUCCUCUCUUCGUCUCCUCGCCUCCAUCUCUCACCAACCGUCCUGCACCUGCCUUCCAGACCGAGCUGGGCCACCAGCCCCGGCCUCAGUCUCCCUUUAUUUAUAACAGAUGGGGGCUGACUUCCCACCCUCUCAGUCUUACAAUGAGUCUGGGGUCCGCUCUCACCUCCAGUUAUCUUUCAUCCCCUCAUUUCCUCACUCGACACGAAUGGGCUAUUACUCUGUUUUCC